UUCCUUUUGGCCACAGUUCCCAGCCAGUGAGAGGUUCAGGGGUGGUGCUUGGGGUGACGGCAGCAUGCGGAGCCCUGUGGUUGCCCGUGUGGAAGAGCCAGAGUAGGGACAUGACGCUGCUUCCAGGAGUCACGCAGAGCAGGGAAAGCCUUUGCUUACCCGGCUGGAGUGCCAGAACAAGGCAAGCCCCAGACCCUGCUCCCUGGAGGGAGCUUGAGGGCCAGAUUAAAAUGUCUGGAGGGUUGGAUGUGGCCCCUGGGCCAGAGUUUGCCUACUCCUGGCUUAGUUAGGACAGUUUUUUAUAAGAAUUCUUUAUUCUGGUCUGUGUCUAGUCAUCUUUAGCAGAAGAGGGAGGAGAUGCAGUGUCUCUCUCUCGCUCUUUACUUCAGUGUACAGAGACAGCUGAAGCCACAUUCAGCUUCAGAUGUAAUGUCUCUGCUUCCACCUCACAUGGAAGCUGCAUGCUCCAUCUGAGGCUAGUUUGCAAUUCCCUUUCUGGCUUUUCUUCCCAUCCUUCUGGAUAAAAGGGAGGAGAAUUUUCAGUUUAUUUGCAUCUCCCUAGACCACUGAAUAAGAGAGCAGAAAAUCUCCCCUGGCUGUACCACUGACUAGAAUAGCAAUGGAUGACAGCUUUUGGGCAUAGGUUGCUUCUAAGGCUCUGUGCUCCUGUCUGAACCCAGGAAGAAAUCACACUCAAUACUCUGCUCUUUUCCACUAGGUUUCAUUCAAAGACACUUUGAUCUUGAAGCUAAGUAAACUGAUUUUCUGCACUGUUAUAGGGGUGUAAGUUAUCUUGCCACUACUGUGUUUACUUUAAAAGAACUCUCUUCUUCUAUCCCUCCAAUCAUUUCCUUGCACGUUUCCUUUCUUCAGUUUUAGGCAUAUGGAGAUAUAUGAUAUGAUGCUGAUGACCACUAAACACCAGCCUGCAAUAUUGAUCACCAACUUCCUCAUUUAUUACAGACUGCUCUGUAAAUGGCUCUGCUGCUGAAUCUCAUAAGGCAACUUCUAGAAUACUUUGGUGUACCAGCUGAUCAGUUCAUACCAAGGUGGGAAGCUCAUAUAGACAAUAGCAGCAUUGGCCAUAUGAUUGAAACAUGUCUUCCUUCAACCCCCUUCUCAAGAAGGCACUUUCAGCAGGUACAUGCUAUCAUAAGGAAAUGUCAGGUGAAGAUUAUAUCAGCUUGGCAAAGUAAGGAAUAUGGAUCUUCGCGAAGCAUUGUUCGUAGACUUGGGACAGUUCUUUCUUUAGAACCUUGUCCAAGACCUCACUUUCAGAUGGUCCAAGACCGGAAUUCUUUGGAUUAUGACGAACGAAGUACAACUCCAAACCCUGUAGUUCCUUCUCUUGGUGAUAUUCUGAGGGUGGUAAAUGAUGAGGGCGAAUCUUUUGCUAGAUUUAGGGCUGAAUCAAGGGGAAAGGAAAUAAUUACAGUUGACCAUGAUGUAUCUCCAGCUAUAGUUUCCUUGCCAACUGUUCUAAAAAGUAGAGCAGAGAAAGAAAAUCUUGUGAGUGAAGACGCAAUUAAAAAAAUUUCUGCACUUGAAAAUGAGUUAACCCUUCUUCGUGCACAGAUUGCUGCAAUUGUUGCAGUGCAAGGAUCAAGAAAUAGUAAUCAAUCAGGUUCAGAUGUCUUGAAUUCAUUCGGCAUUCCAAGUGGUUCUUUCCCAGUGCCAGCAAUGACUUCUACUCCAUUGUUUACCACACCAGAUCACUUUGUAAUCCCUCCACCUCCCCCACUUCCCUCUAUAGCACCAUCUGGCUUUGAUGCCAGUAAUUCGGCAAUUGAACUUAUUAAACAACGUCGUGCUACAAGUAAGACCAGCUCAACAACUAUUGACAAAACUGAACACCAAAAGACCCAGGGUGUUCUUAGUAUGAUGGAUGUUUUGAAGGAUAUAAACAAAAUCCGACUGCGAACUAUUGAGAAGUCACCUGGUGGUACACCUCUUCCUAAGACAAGGAAAAGGCAGAGUUCACAGUGGGAUCCAGCAGCUCUACUAGCUCAGGCUCUAAAGCAGAAAUUUGCACAUCAAAAUGGCAAUGAUUCAUUGGACAAAGAAAACAGAUCUUGUGACAACUCUCCCUUUUCCAGUCCAGAAGCCCCUCUGGUUGGACGUCACAUUUUGAAGCCAAACUCAAAGAACAGCCUCAUAAAAGCUGAGGAAGUAACACAGAUGUCAACAGCAAAAGCAAGGGUACAUACUUAACUGAUGGCGCUGUGUGGAAAAACCCAACAACGGGCAUGCUCAUGAGUGGCAGGACCAUUUCAGGAACAAUUUCAUAAAAUGUGUACACUGGGAUAUACUGCUCCCAUGCCUCAGGAGCUAUGGUUUAUAAAACUACCUCUUUUGAUUUGAGUGUCCCAAUAGCCAAGCUUGUCAGUGUGUUGUCUGCUUAUAAAAAAUUCUUUAUUGGCAUUUAUUACUUUAUAGCUGCAGACCAGAAUAUUUGCAGAUAACUAUUUAGAUACUCUGAAUGGGAAGCAGUUCAUAUAAAAAAGA